AUGGAAACUAGACGAAACGCUGCUGCAAACAAUCUUCGCCAGACGAAAAAUGAAAACAACGAAAAUUUACAAGAAGCAAAACAAAGAAGCCAUGUUGGAAAACCAAAGGCAAAAAGCCUUCAACGAAACAAGCGUGUGCCAUUGGGAACCUUGUCUAAUUCUUUUCAUCCUUUUCAAACUCGAAGCAAGGUUUGAGUCCAUAUUUUUUACAAAUUGGAAAACCUCUAACUGUAUUUUAAUGAAACCUUUUUUGUCGUUUAUAUACUUUUAACUGCAUCAGCGUCAGUAAAAACUGACAGCUUUUCUGUAUGUUUUUUUAUGUAGUUGGCAAGUUCACACGAGAGAUGUCAAAAGAAUGACAUUUCUGCAUUGGACAAGCAUUCACACACAAAAAUGUGUGGUGGCACAUCACAACAAACGUUUGCUGUGUAUAUCGAUCAAGAAAAUAUACCGUGGCCUUCAGUUGAUAUGAUUGUUCACACAACGAACACUGAUAUAAAUGGUAAGCUCUUGGCUCACAAUGAUGUGUAAUUUUAACAAUCUCUUUUCGUCAAUUCUCUUCAAACGAUAUCGCACGAAAAAAAUCACAAAUAGCUGACUGAUGCCUUACUCCUGGCUUAAAAAUUACAUGCAAAAUGUACGUUUCACACUUUCACAAUAGUUUCAGACUCACGUAUAUUUUGUACAUUUAUUUUAUCGAUAAGUGAAAUAGAUUUCAGUCAAGUUUUUAAAACUUUCCUUCUUGACGUUUUGUGUCAUUCGUUGUUUUGAAGACUGAAAUUCAUUUUUUCAACAAAUGCCUGAAUACAAUUGUCAACACUGAUCUCUCUAUAUAUAAAUCACAACUGGGCUAUUUUCAGGCCUGGUUAUUUUUCAGUAAAGUUGUUUUAGUGGGAAGUUAACUUUUUUCUAGCCAAAAAAUUAUGUUUUUACCACAUCACAGUUUUGGCAAUAUUUAUAGACUGUUUAUGCGAUAAAGUCUUGCGUUAUUGUGACCGGAACUGGAAGUCAUCAUUCCAGGAUUAUACCGAUUCAAUUCAGCGAUCAAUUCACACCAGCAUUACCACGUCUAGGCUACCUGUUGCAAUUGGAGAGUACGAGCAGACCAGGAUCUAAUUCGCUCAGUGUGGCAAACCGGUUUUACACGAGCUCGAGGCAACGUUUGCUGCAACUUGCUUGCGAUGCAGUUUCGGAUGCAGAGUAUGCAUGAGUAGCUGAGUAACUCCAAGAUAUGUGGCGGGAAAUUUCUCCACAAUUUACUGAUAUAUCUUUAAUGGUGCUCGGGGGAGGGGGGAGAGGAUGUUUUGGUGGAUACGAAUUUAACCUACCACAAUCGGCAGAUUUGAGCUCCCAUCCCAGCUCUAAAAUUUGACGACAGCGCUGAAUACAUCUACUGUAGACCAAUUAUUAUACAGGCUUAAUUCCCACCGUCAUAUUGACUACGGUAAUUUCCAAUCCCAACUUGUAAAGGCGAGUGGAAUGGAUCGAGUGGUUGAAUAAUACUGAACUGGGACACUAGUUGACAGAUAUAUCUAUGCAUAUUUCACUUUGUCUUUAUUUGAGGACCCUCUUUAGCUAAAAGGAGGGGGGGGGGGGACUAGUCUGGUACGAAUUGUUCUUUUUACCUCCUUGUUGACAUUAUUCCUAGAUGUUUAUAUACAACUUUGAAAAAGGAGUUCUGCCAUUUGAAAAGGGAGUUCUGCCAUUUGAAAAGGAAGUUUUGCCAUUUGAAAAGGGAGUUUUGCCAUUUGAAAAGGGAGUUCUGCUAUUUGAAAAGGGAGUUCUGCCAUUUAAAAGGGGAGUUCUGCCAUUUGAAAAGGGAGUUUUGUCAUUUGAAAAGGGAGUUCUACCAUUUGUAAAGGGAUUUCUGCCAUUUGAAAAGGCAGUUCUUGCGUUUUACUGGAACAUUCCAUUAUAAUACACAAUUCCCACCGUAGCCAGGCAUAUUUUUCAAGCCUUCCCGGUGUGGAUACACAUUAUACACUCAGAGUAACAUUACAAGCAUCUUAUUCACUAGAGUACAUUACACCAACACAGAAAAAAUCCUAUAUGUUUAUGCAUUGGGCAUAUAAAAUUUCGUCGGAAUACAUAAUAUUGCCAUUCCUGAGACCGUAUAGAUUUCAAAGGAGGAAAGUGCCCUCGGAUCCCCAACGUACUUCAGUACAAUACGAUGAAAAUCACAACGGAUCCAAAAUUAUAUUUUGCCCUGGGCCCACAUAUGGGCGGCCCUGAAGAUCGGGGUUGAGACGAGGUUAUAACGAUUGUCAUUCAUUAUUAGGAUUAGUAAGCUGAUCCUCUAAGUCAGGUGAGAGGAAGCUAACCAUUUUAUACAAGCUUUCGUUGGUAGAGAUGCAACUACGGUAUCCGAAAAAUACAAAGCAAAAUUUUCGACCUGGAAUUUUAAAAUUAUAAAAUUAACAUUUUUUAGCCAUGUUAUAAUUUAUGGAAACUUGACUAGCUAGAACAUUAUUUUUUGCAUUUGCUUCAUUACCGUACACAUAGAAGAAGAGAUUGAUGGAAAUAAUGAAUGCAUCGAAGAAGAAAGUAUUUCUGAUAUGACCUGCAACAGCUGUUCUGAUGAUGACACCUUUAACGAUUCUAGCUUGCUUGAAUAUGUGUCAGAAAUAUAUGAGUAUCUUAAAGAGGCUGAGGUACGUUUGGGACAUUAUGUUUUUACCAAUAGUGGUGAUAAUAAUGCAUAAGAGUAAAUCCAUUUACCAAGUCAAAUCCAAGUCCGAGUCAGUUCUGAGCCCGAGUCAAACGUCCGAGUCACGUAAAGGAAGACGAAAUUGAAUAAAAUUCACAAUCAAAUAGGGUUAGGGUUAGGGUUAGGAUUAGAGUACUAAGUCAUUGAACUACAAAGACCGCGCUAAAAUAACAGUGACUCGGACAGAUUUGUCUUGGGCUCGGAUUUGAAUCAGACUUGGAUUUGACUCGGUUAACCGAAAACUCUAAUCCAUAAUCCUGGUAAAUAAUUAGCUGUUGCAUUCCGUCAUCAAUGCAAAUAUAUUUUGUCUUGUAAAAGAACUUCGUGGAGUUCUUCCAAUUCAUUAAAUAAACUUAAUCCACGUAAAAUAUUAUAUUCCUUAACAAAGCCCGGUUGUACGAAGUCGAAGGCAGAACAGCGCCACAGAAAACGAACCUUACAGAAGGCCGACGACUUCUUGGUUUUGCCAAUGAUUUUGGCAUAAUCGUUGCUAUGAUAUGAUCCUAACCAGUGCGCUUAUGAGAGGCAUUCACCCAAAUGGUGGACGAUCAGGGGGGUGUAUGCCUCUCAUAAUCUUACUGGUUAGGAAUGUGGCGACAGCAUUUUGAUGACGAAUCAUUGCGGAAACAUGGCGUGGCAGCGGUUACGCUUUUGGCUGAGUCGACCUUCUGUUUAGCUUUAAUCUGUGAUAGCGCUUAUCCAACCAAUAAUGAUAUUUUUUCAACCAUUUUAAAAAUAUCUGAAAAGCGGCGAAACCACGGUUGUGGACCUCGCAAUGGACCAUUUGCAUUAUAGACUAAAUUUUGAUCUUGACAAAAAUUUCAUCACAGCUUGGAAGAGCAUCACAAAACUAGUAAUAUUCCAAAGUUUCGUUGCGAAAUGUUAUAAAAUGCGGAUAAUAUAGCCUUGCGAAAUUUGUAAUUUUCAGUCAUUUUGUAUUACGCACGGGAAAUUGAUGCCCCAACACCCAAUUGGGCUGUCAAUUUCCCGUGCGUAAUACAAAAUGACUGAAAAACGGCAAACUUCGCAAGGCUAUAUUAUCCGCAUUUUACAACAUUUCGCAACGAAACUUUGGAAUAUUACUAAUUUUGUGAUGCUCUUUCAAGCUGUAGUGUGAUGAAAUUUUUAUCUAGAUCAAAAUUUAGCUAGUCUAUAAUGCAAAUGGUCCAUUGAAAAAAGGAAGUACUUCUAAUGUGAGUUACACAGGGUUCGUGCAAUCGUGUUACUCCUUAAAGUCCUUGAAUACGUUUUGACUUUUCAAGGGCGCUUGAAAAGCUCUUGAAAUUUACCAUUUUAAAAAAAAUCUUUAAAUACGCCUUAAAUUUGCUAAAUAGUAAGUGAGACCAUAGUAUUAACUUUUGUUAGUUGCCAUAAGCAUUUCGUGUUGCAUAAACCGGCGUUAGAAAUAAAUCGUUGAUACAAAUUCGUCAAUAUUGCACCAUAUAUUUCUUUGGAAGCUACACUGGUCAAUAAACCACGGGCUCGAUCUGGGUUCGAUUUUCCCGCCAUUUGCUAUGUUUUCAAUUUUUUUUCCUUGAAGGAAAACAUCUCAAGCACUCCUUGAAAAGCGCUAUUUUACUAUUUAAAAACUCCUUAAUUACUCCUUGAAUUUAACUUUUCAAGACCAGCGCGAACCCUGGUUACACCAAUCAACGACCAAUUUUAGAAAACUUGACAAAAUCAUUAUGGCCAGAAUACGUAAUAACGUGAUCAGCGCGUCCGAAUUCCGUAUUUACCUUCGUGACCAACCCUUUUCACUAUGUCACAUGUACAAUCUUUUCAGAAAAGGCACCGUCCAAAGCGCAACUUUAUGAAUGGACAACCGCUAAUUAACAAGAGCAUGAGGGCAAUCUUGGUAGACUGGCUGGUCGAGGUGUCCGAAGAAUACAGCUUAGUUCCAGAAACAUUGUUCCUGACUGUAAACUAUAUUGAUCGUUUCCUGUCAUCGAACGCGAUCAUAGAUCCAAGUAAAUUACAGCUCGUUGGUGUCUCAUGUAUGCUCAUUGCUUCGAAGCUUGAAGAAAUUUAUCCUCCUGAGAUAUCCGAGUUUGUGUUCAUCACCAACUCCACUUACACCGGUGAUGAGGUAUAUCACAGUCAAGUCAAUUUUGAAUAAAGUAAAGUAGUGAAAAAAGUGAGAUCAAACGAACGAAAAGAAGGUGAAGAAUGAUAGGAAUUGAGAAUGAUAGGAAUUGGAACGAGGUGCGAAGUAAAAUAUGCUACAUGCAUGCAGGAUUAUUUUAAAGUUUUGUUUCAGUAUUACUGGGAAGCAUAUAUUUUUAGAUGUCGUAAAAUUGAUACGAUAUUGGGCAGGCAAAUUAAAUAUCGGUCAAAAUGUAAAUUUAAUUUAAAUAUCGCUCCAUAUAUACGUAUAGAAUUCACUGAUUCCACCAAAACUAGUGACAAUAUCGGAGGUUGCUACAGGCUACAAUUUUGUGCUCGAGAAGAAAUAGGACCAAAUAAGUUAUCACAGGAUAGCUGAUGUGAACAAUUUAGAAGAUUUUUUACGCUAGUCAAAUCAGACCGAAACGAGCACGGAGAUAUAACACGAAGAUAUUUUGACGAAUCUGCAUGGUCAUUUCUUUAUCGGAUUGAAAUCAUUAGUAUUCUUCAAAAAUGAAGGUGCUGUGUUGGUGGAGGAUAAUAUCGUUUACAAUAUUCUUUGCAAACGUUUGGAAAUUUAGUUAAAUUAAUUUAAGGCAAUAGUACAGAGGGCAUUUGUGUUCACUAUUUCUCGCCAAGUAAUGAGAAACAGACACCUUCUUGGCUUUUGUAAAAACAAAUCUGGUAACUAUUACAUUAUAUCUUAUUCUCAUUAGGUGAGACAAAUGGAAAAUGUGAUAUUAAAAUCACUUGCCUUUGACUUAGCUGUUCCUACAGUGCUAUCGUUCUUGGAAAGAUAUGGAAAGAGUGUGGACCUCCCACAUAGAUUAAUGGAGAAAUUCUCUCACCUGACAAAAGUGAGUUGGUGUAUAAAUCUGUUUGAAAUUUAUUACGAACCUUCAUACAAAGCAAGCAACUACACUAGGUAAAUUUGUGAAAUUGUGCAGUAGACGAUGAAAUUUUUGACAUGAAUUUCUGAAAUGACCCCGAAAUGCCAUUUUCCAAUUAGAAUAUCAUGCAUCUUCCAAUACCAUUUGAUUACUUGAAAACACCUUCUCAAACUGUACAAGAAUAUCAACAUCCACAGAAAGUAUAGUUUUAUUCAAUGUUUACAGUUAGGUGAAGAAUAUUCACCAGCAGUGAUGUAUUUCAUACAUACUACUGCUUGGUUUACUUGUGAGUUUAUUUAUUUAAGCAUGUUAAACUGGCACAUUGUGCAGUAUAAAGUUUAUCAAUUUACUAUGCAUGUGUUCUGCAUGCACAUCAUUAAUGACACUAUCGCCUGUAUUCUAAAAGCUCACUCACACUUAUACUCAAAGAGUGGAGGUUCAAUCUGAGCUUACCUUGAGUGUCAGUGCUGUUUUUUAAUUGCUGGGGGGUUAGUGUCAUACCCUACUAUGUGACUACUCACCCUCCAGCUAUUCAAAAACAGCACUGACACGCAAGGGGCGCUCAGAUUAAACCUCCUCUUUGAGUGUGACUGAGCUUUUUGAAUACAGGCGUAUUACUCUGUAUUUCUGUACUUUAAGCCGGUCAAACGUGCAUAAGAGUUGAUGAGAGUUGGUUCUAGACUGACAAAAUAAAGAUGAUGAGUGUUCCAACUAUAUUUUUAACUUAAAUAGAAUACUUGAUAGUUGAAGGUAGCCUCGCAGUAGCUCGGAAGAGUGAUUUUCAUUGGCUCGACUUGACAAUUGCUUUUGUGUGCAGAACAAUGACAUUGCUUCGUUCUUUAGAAACCCCCAUCCAAUUGGAGACGACCUUUCGAGGCACUGCGAGGCUUCCCAUAGUUGAUAGUGUUGGGAAAGCAUUAAUUAAGAACAAAGGUCACGUGGCUGCCAACUCUCAAGCACUCUCAUUAUCGUUUGAUCCGGGCUUUAGUUUAUUAUUCUUACCUUUCGCUAAACUCGACUAUUUUUUCUUGCUGUUUCAGUAUUACUGCGAAGUUGUCUUGCAAGAUGCAGAUCUGCAAUGGACGCACCUGCCAUCUCUCAUAGCUGCAUCCUGUGUUGCUCUUGCUCUAAAUACCUUAGAGUGCACUUCAUGGGUAAGAAGAUCGAACUUCAUGCAUAUAAUAAGGAGUUCAUGUUAAGUAGAGGAUAUAUUUACGAACAGAAGUCAGUACUUCUUGUACACUUGUCAAGUUUUCCUUCGGGUUCCCGAACCCACGAACAUAUUUUCCUUGUCCGAAAGCUGGCAUGACCACCUUUGGAACAAGACUCGUUGGCAAGGAAGUAAAACGUGCAUGCACACGAGCAAAUAAAACUGUCAAGGAAAACUUAUCAGUCAAGGAAAAAUUGCCCGUCUGUAAGGGGCUUUAUUCUGGCAUACAUGUGAUUGAGUGAACUGUGAUAGAAAUUAAAUAACGCAAUUCAUUGUUCGGUAUCAACUGGUGAGAUAAGAAGUGCAUGCAUAUUCAAUAAAUGCCUAUAGAAUGUUCAAGUACUUAUUUUCUAAAGAGAAGAAUCGUUGCUUCAGGGGCCAGUGUAAGAAACAUUACCUCCAUUUCAACAAGGAGGUAUAAGAUUCUGUUUGGGAAUCGAGAGAGCCACUAAUUUCGAAGAAUGGAGCACUUUAGGAUCAUACUUGCACUGCCGUUUGUGACUCUUUUUAAAUGGUCAAUUUCAAUCUAAACUUUCAUUUUAUUGUUAAAAUCCCCUAGCUCCUAGUCAGUUAGAAUUAUUUUCAUAAUACAGAUCGAUUUGCUUCUUUCCAUUACAAAAUGAAUGGACUGAAAAAGAUCACUAAUUUACCCGGCUAUUCAGACAUAUUUUAAAUCAGAACCUUUGCUCACGUUGGGCAUUCGACAUAGCCAUUCCUCGAUUUUUAAUUCUUUUAGUUAAUAUGCAUCAUACUUGUAGUCUUGUCAUUUCUAGUUCCCAUUGUUGGCAACAAAUACAGGAUAUCAACUUGGAGAUAUGAAACUAUGUAUUAAGGAUAUACAUGAGAUCUUAACACAAGUAGAAGACACAAAUCUACAAGCAAUUAAAGAUAAAUACAGUGAAUUUAG